AUGGGGUACACAGACUAUGAGCAGGAAGAGUAUGUUGAGGAAACAGAGCCAGGCAUAGAGACCAUAAAAAGCAUUCUUACAGAGGCUAUGAUGGACUCAGAUCCAAAUUUAAUUGAUGACUUACUAAGUGAGGCAGUGCGUAUACAGGAGACAUCUUUAAAAGACGAGCUGACUGUAAAGGGGGGAAAGUACGCAGGAACAUUCUCUCUCACAUUUGAUGGGAGUCCCACUGGGAAUACUUUAAGGCUUUUGAGUAUUCUUAAAAAGUAUAAGAAGAACUGCGGAUUCUAUCUGGACCCAUUUAAUAUAGACAAGAAGACUAUUCCUAUUGUUACAGAGAUUCUGAAGAAUGGGCAUACAAUCGGCCUAUCAAUUACUCACGACAUGCCUUUCACAGAGGUAACUAUGCAUGAGGCAAGAAGCAGAAUAAAGGCGUGCGUAGACAAGUAUAUGGAGGUAAUAGGCGUAAUGCCCGGAUCAGCCAGACUGCCUAGGCAGGGGUACUACUCUGAUGACAUUGAAUACUGCUUGGAGCUGGGAGUGACUGUGUGUGAGCCUAAUUAUGAUGUUAUGGACUAUAAUGAUCCACACUUUUUAGAUACACUUAGCAGAUCACUUGCUGCGAAUAUGAUUGAGCCAACAACAGACUGUAUGGUUCUUGUAAUGAGGGAUAAAUACUCAUACACACUUGACAGUAUUGAUGGGCUGAUCGAACUUCUUAAAGUGUUUGGGCUUAGGCACGCAGACUAUAACGUGAACACCGGACUAAAGUCGGCUGCACCAAGUAACCCCAGUGAUUUAAGAAAAAGCAGCACAGCUAACAGGAGAGAAGAGCUUCUUUCAAUGAAUGCUGAUCCAGAAGAGUCUUCAGCACAGAAGAUUGUUGAUACGAUUGAGAACAAUGCACGUAUGAGCAGUACAGCAAAAGGGGAUGUGAGUAAGAAGUCUUCUAUUUCUGACAGCGUGUCUAAACUAAUUAAGACAAGCGGUGGUAAUGUGAUGAUCAAAGUGGGAUGCGUUGGAGGUGUUCUUCUUAUUGUGGCUUUCUUUAUUUGA